AUGUUCAGUGUUGGAAUGUGUGCAAGAUAUCAAUCAAAUCCCAAAGAAUCACAUUUGAUAGCUGCUAAAUGGAUCUUGAAAUACAUCAAGGGAACAAUUCAGUAUGGGAUAUGGUAUUCCAAGGACAGUGAACUUAGUCUGAUUGCAUAUUGUGAUGCUGAUUGGGCAGGAAAUAUUGAUGACAGGAAAAGUACAUCAGGUGCAUGCUUCUUUGUUGGAAAGAAUUUAGUAUCAUGGCUAAGCAAGAAACGGAAUUCAAUCUCUCUAAGUACUGCAGAGGCAGAAUACAUAGCAGCUGGAGGAUGUUGCACUCAGUUGGUCUGGAUGAAGCAAAUGCUUCUAGAUUAUGGAUUGAUUAAUAAGGCAGAAUGA